ACUUUAGGUUGUUUUAUUCGGCCUCUGGCCGCUACUAGUGGCAGGCGUGAAUUUGUAAUUUUUUCUUCGUUUUCGUUUAACUUAUCAUAAGGAAUUAGUGUACCUUACCUACCAACUUAUAGGUACCUAACAAUUAAGGACACAAUGGCACCACUGUCAGUAGAUGGAGACACGUUAGGACAAAAGCAUCAAAAUUACAAUAAAAUAGUAAAUGAAGCGAUCAAAAACAAUCCUACACAACAGAUAACGGCAUUAAAUUAUGAAGAGUCGGAUUUGGAUAAUCUAUACAAAAUAGAUAUAGCGUGUAACAGAAGAAAUGUCGAAUAUAUUCUUGAAGUUUUGAAAAGCGAAGACAUGUUAUAUGUAUCCCGAGCUAUCAAGCAAUCCACGUGGUUAAUAACAGACCAGCAAUACGCUUCCAUUAUUAAUCCCGAAUAUUUGUAUAACAGCCUUUCUCCUCAGAUGACUACUAAGGCUUUUAACAAACUUGUUUUGCACAUAAGGUUAAAUUUAGAGGACGAAAAUCGUGUUGAAGCAUUUUUUAACUAUUGCAAAAAAGAAGAUUUGCAAAAAGCAUUCAAGUGGCUACCGGGUUGCUCUAAUCUGUUUAUUGAAGAUAUCAUUCAAGGACAUGCUGAUGAUAUACCAGAGCGAAUAUUUAAACGUUUAUAUGAAAAAUCUAUUACAUUUGUAAAAAUAACUCUGCGGAGUCUUAAAUCAGAAUAUUUAAGAAGAGACAAGAUAUCACCUGCAGUGUUUCUUGUAAAAAGAAACGUUGAAAUGUUCUUAGAUAUUAUAGAAGAAACUGAUAUGGAUGGUAUUUUUGGUUUCGGUCCAAAAAUUACAAAAAAAGUUAUGGAGAGCAGUCCUGAAAGGAUAAUGAAACAUCUUGAAAAAUAUGUUUAUAUUCUUGACAUAUCUACUUUUGCAAAAUUUAUAAAAAAUGAAGACGCUAAGGAUUUUAUUUUAACUCACAUAAAAAACAAAAAUAUGCGUUUGUGGUUUAAACAUAAGAACAUAAAACACUUUAUAAAUCGAUUGCCAUCUGAGGAACGUUUUGAUUUUAUUAAAAAAUAUUUUAUAGAAAAAUUUUGUCAUGAUAAUUCGGAAGAUGAGACAUGGCGUGAUGUAGUAGAGCAAUGCAGUCCAUCGUUUAGAGAAUAUGAAUCACCUCCGAAAAAUAUUUACGGCUGGUACGUUUAUGCACCCUUUGAUAGAGCUUUUGGGGAUCUGAAACAGUUGAUUCUUAAAGAAUCAAGUCCUUAUGAAAGAUCAUUAAUUUUUAGUGUAAUGCUAACUUGUGCUGGAAGUGAUAAGCAAAGCAUAUGUAAGUUAUUAAAGUAUUACCGUGAACAUCACAUUAAUGAACCAUUCAAGUUUAAAAUUCAAUUUGUAAAUAAAUUGCUGUCUAAAACUGCAACACACAGAUUUGAUAAUGAAGCUUGGGGUUAUUUAAAUGAUCUUUUUAAUAGCAUGGAAGUGUUCUCUAAAGCGGAUAAAAAUGUACAAUCAUGCGUGAGAGCCGUUAUUUUAUACAAUUUAAUGAAUGGCAAAAAUAUUCCCGAAAUUAUAGAGAAUAAAUUUGAAUUUGAAAAUCUAGACAGUAAAAUUAAAUUUAACUUGGAAGAAAGAGAGAAAAUUUUUGACUACUUAUACAAUUAUUUGAUUUCAAAACUAAAAAACGAUAUUUAUACUGAAAAGGGAUUCGAUGAUACUGUGGACUAUGUCAUAAAAGUUUUAAAUCUUCUCAAAGAUUGGAAUAAAGAACUCAAAGAUUAUCCAUGCAUUCUCCAAAAAAUCAAAAAACUUGUUGUAAUAAGGAAAGAAAACUCUUGGAAUCGCGAUAUUUCGGGAAUAUAUAACAUCAAAAAUUCUUGGAAAAAGCUGUUAUUGGAAGAAUCUAUCCUUCUGAAUCCUACCGAAGACAGUUGUGUUAAUGCUCUUAAACAUAGGCCACAAUUGUUGGAAAUAUAUAGAGACGAAAUAAACCAAUUAUGCAUACAUAACAACAAUCCCUUGGAACGGUUCCUACAUAAAAUUCGAAUUUAUUGGUAUCAAUCUUUAGCAGAAAGUUUUAAAACAACUUUCUUAGAAAAUCUUGAGGAACAUAGCAGUGAAGUUGCCUUGAUAAAAGGAAUCUGUACUUUACUAGCUCAAAAAGAACUUUUAGACUUUAUAAAAAAAUAUGUGCCUACGGAAUCUAAAAUUGACUGGAGUCAACCGAAACCAGAGCUUAGUCUUCGUAAGUUUAUUGGUACAGGUAUGCAUAUAGCAAGACCCCAUCCUCCUCUUGCUGUGGCUUUAUUGUAUGCUAAAGGAGAUUAUUUGCAAUAUGUACUACCAUCGUUAAAUGCAAUACUUUAUAACAUUAGCGCCACCAAUAUUGCCGAAAAUUUACCAAAGCUUCUUAAUACACCAGUAUCCUUACAACAACAUGGCAUUCGAGCUGCAUUUUCUAAGCUUAAGUAUGAGAAACUUAAAGAUAUAUUUUAUAAUAUAUGGAAAACUAGUACGAAUAGUACCAUACGAACUGUUAUCUUUUGCCAGACCUACAGUAUGCUGUGUAUGGAAACUAAUGAAUCCAUAAUAAAAGAAAUAUGGGACACGUUGGUUAUAUUUAUCGAAAAUUUGACUUUUAAUGAAAAUAAAAAAAUAUAUUUGACUUUGAGCAAAGUUGAAAAUGUUCCACUUACCGUAAGAGCAGCAUUUUGGAUGAAGAGUUAUGAUUUCUUAAAGAAGUUACCGGCAUCUGAAAAUGUUUCUAGUCUAAUUAAUCAUUUAUGCUCUGAAAUGAAAGAUAUAUUGGAGACUUUGGAUAUUGAUUUUAUGGCAAAAUUUUUAUUUCAAAAUUUCGAUAUUAAGUUUACCACACAACAAUACGAUUACUCCUACCAUGUAUCUGUGUAUUUGCUUUCUACAAAGACUGAAACUGCUCAAAUGGAGCGGUACGAAAAAAUUCUAUUACCAAUACUAGAAAAAGUUAUUGCUGCGUGGGAUAAGCAAGAUCAAAAUAUUUACUACGUAAGAAAUAAUUUAAAUGAUAUAUUUGUUUCUAUGUCUAGAGAAUUUCAAAAUAUUGUUUUACAAAAAGAAAUGAUGUUUCCCAUUGCUAUGUACACUGCAGCCCUGAUUAAACUUCAAAAUUGUCUUCCAACAAAAGAAAGUUAUAUCUAUUUAACAAAUAUGAAGUUGACUUUAGGAUACAUACAAAUUUUACAUGAUCAAAAAGCAAAUAAAAAUUCUGAAAUAAGCGCUGACACUGACCAAGAAGAUGUUUGGAAAGAUUUGUACGCCAGUGCAGCCCCAAUUUUUGGUAGUUUUUGUUUAAAAGGUUUAAAGGAAGACGUCGCAAUACAUUUUCCUUCAAUUUACGUUAUUUUUGCAGAAAUCUUAGAUACUAUAUUUAAUCGGUUUUCUUUUAGGUUUCAUGAUAAAUUUACCAUUUUUAAAGUCUUUAUUGAUAACAAUGAUUUUAUUCAAGGAUAUAUGCUAGUUAUGAGAUUAAUGCCAAGCUAUUUAUAUGAUGAUGAUGAAAAAGCUUUGAAACAUGAAUUGCUAGAAGAAAUAAGCCGCCAUCCUUCAGAAGAAGUUUUAAUGCAUUAUUGUUUAUUGCAAAUUAAUGAUUAGGUAAAUUUGAAAAGAAAACGUUUGAUCCCCAUAAAAGGUUUAAUAAUGAACAUACUCCAAUUUGGCAGCGUAAUAAAACUUAUCGAUGUAAAACUCCUAUUCAACAAACAUUUUGAUCACAUAAUUAUGAUAACAACGCGCUUAUCUGAUAAACCUUGUAUUUUCUGCAAAUCGAUCUGGGGCGUUCACCCAGAAAACGAAAAAAAACUUUAGGAACUAGAAAGUUAUAGUAUAUGGAAGCUCUCUAACAACUUAAGGGGAAAACAACAAUAAGACUUGCAAAAGCUAAUUUUAUGAGAACUUUAAGAAAAUUAUCUAAUGUCUAUUUGGAAAACCUAUAAAAAAAA